AUAACGCUUCUAAUUUAAUUGUUACGUAAUAAAUAACUAUCAUUCUGUAAUCUUUACUUAAUGGUGUGUAUUUUUGUAACGUUUGUAAAGUGUCAUUACAGAAGUCUUACGUAAUGGAUGAUCAUUUUGCAUAAUGAAAAUUAACCUUGUGUUACGGUUUGGGAAGACCCACCCCUUCAACUCCGCCGUUUGGAGUUAGCUUUGUUGCCACUCCGCCUGGCAAGAGUCAAACAUGAUGUGGUGCACUCUCCCAGAUUGUUCCGUGACAGAGAGCUUGAAUAGGGUUCCAUCGCGUCCGGUAAUGGAGUCCAAGAAAAUAUGCUUGUGGCCGAUCUCGAUUUUUUUCAGAUGCUUUUCCAAAGUUGCGCUACCAUCCAAUCUUCUAGACGACGAGUACCUGCAAAAAUAAAUAAAUAAAAAAGACGAAAAAUCUCUCUCUCUAAGGGGUUUCUCUCUCAUUCUCUAUCUUCGGUGCUAAACACAUGUUCAAUCAUUAUUAAUUUGUUAAUUGAUGCCGAAAAUUUUUCUAACAAGAUGGGAUGCUUCUUAAAAAAUUAUGAAUCCUUGCGGGCGAGGCAUACGUUCUUUAUCAUCAUUCCUGCGGAAGACGACCAGGUUGGAUGGAGAAAAAUGAUUAAUCUUUUGCAAUCGCGCCUCGUUCAGCCUUCGUGUGUCAGUACUGAAGCUGAACAAAACCAGAGUCAAAGCCUCCCCAAAUCUUACGCCAACUCUGCCAGCAUCAAAUAUUUUUGCACUCUCGGAGAGGCGAAGAUCACAACUGUGGGGAGAGAUAAAUCCAUUGAGGUGGGAAACGUUGGGGUUGAGGAGAUACUGGAGCUGCUAGGAUGCUGCUUGAUUGUGUCCUUUAAGGUAAGGAUGGCGAGUUCCUCUCGACUCAUCGCCUCUCCGCCUUCUUGUCCUGGGCGACUACGAAAUGAGCUUGACCAACCAUGAGUUUAAAGAUGAUGGAGAUGGAAGGUGGAUGCUUAUUUGUCCUUCCUCUGAGGAUGUGAAUCGCAUCUACAUCAUAGGUGAGGAUCGCUUUCAAAUCUUAGUGUGCGUCUUGAGCAUUGGUCUGAUUCAAGCUCGAUUGCCCCAGAAAGAAUACUCCAGCGCACUGGAUUUUUGUGUUUGGUAUCCCCCUUCAUCUAAAAAGUCCACAUCUCUGCAAGAUAAUAGGUGAAUUAUGUGGUAAAUUCUUGGAGGUUGAUUGGAAUUCUUGGUCCUCACCCUUCGUCAGAAUUAAGAUCGAAGCGCAGGGUUGGAUCCCUAAGGAGGUCCCGGUCUUUUUUGACGGGAAGUUGUUCAUCAUUAACGUCAGAUCCACACCCCAUCUUGAUUCAGUGAUUGUCACUGGUAGAAGUUCCAUUUUUGCUGGCUAGAAGGCGAAAGGCCGCGGAAUUCAGGUUCCCUUCCCCGAGGUUGCGCAUGAUAAGCCAAGGCCAUGCACGUCCACGCUUUUCGAUAAUUAUCCUUGCUCCAUGCGUGUGGCCAGGUUAGGUGAAUCUUCGACUCGUUCUAGAAAGUUUGGAAAGGAGGACAACAUGCCCAGAUCUAUUUGGAUCCGCAAAGCCGGGCCCAUCCCAAACCCGUUUACUAUCUCCUGCCCCAACCGUGAACAUUCCACCAGUCCUCAUAGCCAAAGCCUGAUUGUCAAGCCCACUCCCUCACGUCCAAACCAAAAUCCCUUGCAACCCAUUUUGUCUCAACCUUCAUCUCCCUCCCGAUUCCCUUCUACUCACCACCCGUACCCGGUCACCCCAUCCACAACCUACUCUUUAAUCAUCGCCCUCCUUUCUCCUCUCCUCUACCGAACUCCAAUAUGCUCAACCAUCAUUGUAACCGCACCAAUCAUCCCUCACCUUCCAAGACCAACCCAUUUAUGUUACCCUUCAUUCGUCGACCCGUAGCCAUAGCCACUCUUCACUGGCUCCACCUACCCCUGUUGUGCCUGUAGGGGAUAUCUCCCCUGACCUACACUCCCAAUUACCAUCACAAGACACUCCCAAUUCCCCUUUUCCACCAGACUUCCCAACCUUCAUCGAGCCGGAUCCCCCAAGUAUGAUUGUCCGGGGAGAAUGUGUUGAUUUCGACCCAACUUCUACACCUUUUGACCUUGAUAGCCUUUCCAGUUGUAGCCUCCGCACGAGCAGAUUAUUUGAGUUAAAUCUUGAUGGCGAUGUAGCCACCUUUGUUCAACAGAGUGCAUCCUCCACCCAUGGGAGGAAAAAACAUGUGACGCGAUCAAAGACAGAGAUGGAGAGACAUCAAUUAGGCCUGGGUAUCAGCCAAGCCAGAGGUCCUAGAUGCAAGAGGAAAAGAGAUUUGGGUCCAACCCAAAUGUAUCAUAAUGGUUAAGUCUAUUAUUGCUUGGAAUGUAAGGUUUCUGGGAUGUGAGCAGAAGAGGUCAAGGAUAAUGAGAAUUAUGAGCAGAAGGAGGUCGACUUUAGUGGGUCUUACUGAGACUAAAUGGAUUUCAUGUGAUCAAACUCUUGUGAACUCGAUUAGUGAUAACAGAGAAUCAGUGUGGGCUGCAAGAACGCUAGUGAUAGCAAGGGAGGUAUUGUGAUUUAUUGGGAUAGAUUUGUUUUCAGGACCUGGAUGUGCAUGAGAGUGAAUUUGGGCUUAUGGUGAUGCUUGAAGAUAUUCAGAAGAGGUAAGUUUUCAAUAUUUUGAUUGUUUAUGGGCCUCAAGACAGGAGGGACAUAUCGUCAAUGAAUAUAACCCCAUCUG